AUGGGUAAUAAUGAGUAUGGUCAGCUGGGAAUUGGAGAUACCCAAGAUCACAACCUAUCCGUUGACAUUGCUGCUGGAGGUUGGCAUUCAACUGCACUGACUAACGAGGGAAAGUUGCUGAGAAAAGAAAAACCACGUGCUCGCAUGCUCGUCGCUCGCCUCGCCCAGAAGGGCGCGGCUAUGGAGCUGGCUCUGGCUCUGGAAAAGCUGGUUGAUGAGAAGCUGCACAACCUGCACGUGGCCACAAGGUGCAAUGAUCCUCAGCUGACAGACUUCAUCGGGAGUGAAUUCCUUGCGGAUCAGGUCGAGGACAUCAAGAAGAUCUCCGAGUACGUUGCCCAGCUGAGGAGAGUGGGCAAGGGGCACAGGGUGUGGCACUUUGAUCUGCUCGAGGAAGAGGCCUGAAGGAAGGAAACACCGUGGCAGGGGCAGAUCUAGGGCCCGGGCUGCCCGGGCUGCAGCCCGGGACAAGCCCAUGUAGUCCUUUUAACAUAUGUGGUAUUUAGCCUAACAAAAGGAGGUUUAUGAGGCAAGAUUAGACUGUUUUAGCUGUGAUUCAGCAACUUAGCUCGGGGUGCAGCCCCGUUUUGGAUCCGCCCCUGCGUGGAGUAGGGUUGGAAGGUGCUUAAGGAAA